UUAAUUAUUUUCAACAUUAUAAAAGAUAUGAAAAAUUUAUAAAACUAAUAAUGCGUGUAUAAGUGUAUGUAUUUUAAAUUUUUGAAAUGUUUUUUUUUUUAAAUUACAUUGAAAGUUAACAUUUAUUAAUAAGAAUUACAAAUGAAAUAAAUUUAUAAGGAAUUCAUAGAUCAGAUAGUUUAAAAAAUAAUUUCGUAAGCUUUCUAUUAACAUAUUAUAAAGAUGAUCUAUUUUUUGAGUUCAUGAGCAUGAUAAUCUUUUUUAAGAACUAAAGAAAAAAUUAAUAAAGCACAAAUUCUUAAAUAAUGACUGAAAUUUCAAGCUUCUGAGAAAGAAGAGUCGAGUUGUGAUUAUGAUAAAUUGUGAUGUAAAAAUAAAUAAAAAGUUUGUGAAGAAGUUAAUUUAUAUAUAUAUAUCGGGAUAGUUGAGAGUGCGGGUCUAAAAUUUUGAUCCGUCCAACAAAAAAGUGAGGGCAGGACAUGUUAAAUUCGCAGGUAUUGUACUUUUUAAAUUUAAAAAGCAAAUUUUUUUGUUAAUAUCAAUCUCCACAAAAACUCGCAUAAAAAUGGAGUGGAACUAAGCGUUCAUAUUAAAGGAUGAGAGUCUAAAACCUUGAUCCAUGCCGCAUUAUAGUGCACACAAAACGGGUAUGCUCAAGCCGGACCCGUAUUGGCAAUUGGCACCCUAACCAAAGUUAUUUUUUUCUUAUUAAGUAUGCAAAAAGAUGGAAUAAACCAAUCAAAAGCAAGCAAGUGUAGUAUGAACCAUUUUGAUGUGAAUUCGUUUAGGAGUGUCAUGGCCCAGUAGCUCUAUGGAGGGGUGUUUGCAGUGCGAUUUAAACGGUUUUAACGUAAAAAAUUAUCCGAACUGCAAGAAGAAAAAGUGUGUGGUUCAGUUUGGUUCGGUUGGCUUUUAAAAAUAAAACCGAAUCAAACCAAAGCAAUGCGGUUUGGAUUGGUUCGGUUUUUUUUUUUUACAAAAUUUUAUUGAGCCAUACAUACACAUAUUGAUGACAAGAUAACUUUGUAUUUAGUCAAUUAUGCGUUAUCAAAUAACAAUAAAAUUCAUCAUAUUUGGAUAACAACUUUCCAUUUAAUAUACAAAAAUAAUAUUAGAUUAAACUGGAAUAAAAAACAUAAAAUAGUAGCAUAAAAUCAUAUUAAAAAUAUUAUGAUGAAAUAGAAGAAAAAAAAGAGAGAUGAAAUAUUAGAGAUGAAAAAGAAAGAGCAAAAGAGGUGCGAUUUGAUAAGAAGAGGAAUAUUAAAAACGUAAUUGGAAGAGAGAUCAGUAGAAUAAAAAUAAUAAGAUGAAAAUGAAAGAACUUAAGAGAUGAAAGACUAGAAAAGAAUAUAUGAUAUGUAUUUGGAAAAGAAGAUGAGAAGAAUGUGCAAUACCGCUAUGAGAGAUUUGAGAUAACUUAAACUAAAACCUUAAGUGUGAGGAAGAGAAAAUCAUUCGUAAUCGUAAGGCUAAAGCAUAAUAAGUUUGAGUUUGGAUUGAAUAUAAGUUAAUUGAAGUUUGGGGGUUGUAACAUAAUGUGGUUUGGUUCGGUUUGUAAAAUACAAACCGCAAAUCAAAUUGUGCGGUUUGUUAAAAAAUGGUCCAAACACAUCCGAAUCAAAUGCGGUUAUUUGCGGUUUUGAUUUGGUUUGGUUUUGCAGUUUUUAUUGGGCUGAUUUGGUUUUGAACACCCCUUAGUUAGUGCUAUAUGUAAAUUAUCUCCAUCAAUAAUCAAUAACAUCUAACAUAUAUGUGAUAUAAAGAUUCAAGACAUAGAUAUAUUUAAAUAGUGAGAUAUGUGUUAUGAUAAAGAUAUGUGGAAAAAGACUAACACAAUACUUGUGUAGUGCUUAUUUAUAUUAUUGAUUAAGGAGUGUACGGAUGAUUGCACACCCUUGGAAAUGUGUCUUUUUGUCUAACAUAUCUUAAGACUUUUUCAUUCUAGAUACUACUUUAGGCAUAUAAUUUAGAAAAUUAUAUUAUCUGUUAGGGUUCAUCUUUAUAUCUCAUAUCAUAUCAUUGAUUGAUAAAACAAUUUACACUUUAGUUCCACUUUGUAGGAUAGUUCAUGUGCAACGUGCUAUUUUAGUUCAUAUCUUGAUCAGUGCUAUACUAAUGUUGUUUUGUUGUUUUUUGGCUGGAAAGUAGAUAAGAUUAGAAUGCUUUAUUGCUACAUUAAAAGAUUACAUGAUUGUUCAAGUUGGAGUUGAUAUCUAUUCCUAUCUUAUGAAAAUGUACUUUCUUUACUUCUUUAAUAUUUUUUCCAUUAAACAUUUAGAUAAUAUAACAAGAUUAAAUAAAUUAAUAAUCUUUAUUGUUUUUAAUUUUGUAGAAUUGUUUUUUUGGACUAAUCUCCACUAGUUUUGCGUCACUAUAUAUAAACGAUUUGGUGAUUUUUUUAAAGAAAAGAGAACUGAAAUUCAAUGAAAAAAGAUUAUAUAAAAAUCAAUUUAAGAGUAGAGACUUCAAUACAAUCAACUAAUAAAAAAAAGAUAUUUGAGUAGGAAGUCAUUCUUACUAGUUUCAUUCAUGUUCAAACUCACUCAAUCCGAAGGAGGAGGAGUUCACCUUAUUUGUUUAGUCUCUCGAGUCAACUCCAUCUUACUACCAUGUAGCUCUGUUGUCAAAAAGAUACUCCCUAUGGUCCUUAUUCGAAGAGAAAAUUCACUUUUUAGAUUCAUAGAAUAAUUAAUGUUUGGUCUAUGUAUGGACUAGAUACAUUAAUCACUGAAUGAAUCUAAAUAUUUAACUUUCUCUUAUAAUAAGGACCAGAGGGACUAAUGAGCAACUUUAGUAACAAUGCCGCCACAAAAUUUUAGGUCUCAAAAAAUUUUCAUCAUGUUGUUCCUUAUUCCUCCACAUCCAAAGUUCAUGGCAAGAAGUUGCCCAAAAUUCCUCCUAUAACAUAUCUCCAUUAAUACCAAAAUCCAAAAUCAAAAUAAUAUUCACCCACUCCUUAAUAUUACUAGUAAAAAAGGAGUCUCUUAUAUCCAACUUAACCACAUUAGUUCAAAUUGCAAAUGUCAAAGAAUAGCUUAAGAAAUGUAUAAUGGAUUCCACCCAUGUUCUAUGGUGACUACAAAAAUAUCUCCCUAGUUGCAUUUUAUUUUUCUUCUCAUUGAUCAUUAUCCUACCAUGAUACACCGACCAAAUAAAGACCCUUAUUUGUUCAAGAAUUUUAAGCUUCUAUAUCAACACCCAACUAUCUUCGUCAUUUUACCUACCAAAGUUACACAUUAAUUAUAACUUGAUGAAACAAUACAUUCACCUUUUUCAUCGUUUUGUCAACAACAAAUAUCUCUUCCACUAUUAUCAUCGGGAGGCAAUGGAUAGAAUUUUAGUUACCAUAUUUUGAGGAAACAAAUAAUUUUAAAGAACCAUAUCAUAUUGACCAUGUUGAUCCAAUAAGUCAUCUAAAUGCUCGUAAGAAGAUGUAUUGACACAAUCUGUAUUAAUAUCCAUCAACUUUUUAUUUGCUUCAACCCAACAAUGAGACUAAACAUCUAUAUUGACACCAAGUAAUAGUGAUAAGAAAUGUUUGGAGAUUAAAAGUUUCCAAUAAACCAUAUAUCUUAUGGUUUACUUUCAACUCUCAUAUCCAACUAUUCACAGAGAAGAACGUAUGACAGUAUGUUAUCGUUUUCUCGAAUGGGGUAGUUUUUAUCAAGGUUACCUGAUAAUUAAUGUAGUGCAUUGUUUAAAUGUUGAAUAAUUAGAAAACUCUCAUUAACCCUUUAAAUAAGUGCUUUUAUUAUUUGUUCAUCAACUUAAACUUAUUUCCACAAAUAAAUAAAUGAGCUUUUAGCCUUUCUCAAGAAAAAAGGGUGCAAACAAGAUGAGUAAAGGUGGGACAAAGUUAAAAUCCAACCUAAGGCCGAAAAAGGAUCAAGGAGGCUGAAAAGCAAGAAGCUAAUCGAUUAGGUAACCUACACGUUUCAAAUUUCAGACAAAAUCAAAUUGAAUAUUUAUCUCCAAGCAAAAGAAAACAGUGCAUUACUAGCAAGCGUGUAAGAUCUUUAAUAUCAUCAUUACCUAAUUGAUUAGGGCAAAAUUUUAAUCAAUUAGAUGACCUCUUUUUUAAAGUUUUGCUUCUCAUAUUUUCUGGGCCGAAUCUUCAUUGAUUUUGUGAAGUUGUUGCACGCUCAGAGCGUCAGAGGAAUCAUUAUAAAUAGGCAACUCUCAUUUUUUUGCAUCUCAUACUUUUCUCUCCACUUCUUGUUCUCUUGUGCGAGUUGCACUCUACACCAUAAAUAUCAUCGCUCAUGACCUUCACGAAACUCUUCAUCAAUAAGACUAUUCUAUUUGUAGAAAGGUCAACUGAAACCCAGAUGACAACUAUACAUGACCUUGCCUACUCAAUUUGCUUGAUUGCAAGAUAAAGAGGCCAACUAAAACUCACAUGACAAGUAUAAAGAGGAUCCUCGGGCACUCGAAGUAACCAAUUAGUCUUGUCUCAUUUAUGAUAAAGACAAAGAAUGGAAGUUUGUUGAAUGGUCAAAAUCAGAUUAAGCAAGAGAUCUAAUUGAUAAAAGAAGUACUUUGAAAUAUGUUUUUUAUGCUUGAAAUAAAGGCUCUUUCAUGGUUAUCAAAAACCAUCUAUUGUAACUCUCUCCACCACUGAAGCAGAAUUUAUAGCAACUGCUAGUAGUGAUAGUCAAGUGCUUUUGGUCAUGUUCAAUAAAGCAGCUCUCACUUCUUACAAUUUCCCAUUUGCAAAUGUCAUCACACUCUCUCAGAUGGUGUGUGCAUUUGUUAUUCUCUAUGUCUUGAAAUCAUUCAACAUAAUUUCUUUCACAACUGAUGAAUCCCAGAACAGCUCUAAGUCUAAAAACUCGAUAUUAUUUGUGCCCUUCAGUACAUUAGUCCACACAUUUCCUCUAGCAAUAACAUAUUUGUUGUUCAUGGUGGUGACCAUGGAAGCCGUGCGCGGCAUUAAUAUUCCAAUGUACACCACUCUAAGAAGAACUACUGUGGCAUUCACAAUGGUUAUGGAGUAUUUUCUAUCCGGGAAGAAGCAUUCGAUAUGCGUUCUUGGAAGUGUUGGGAUAAUCAUAGUUGGUGCUUUGGUUGCUGGAGCAAGAGACCUAUCAUUUGAUGCUUAUGCCUAUUCAGUUGUUUUCAUAGAAAACAUGUGCAAAGCAGUGUACCUUGCUUCUAUCUCUCGUGUUGGUAAAGCUAGUGGUCUUAAUAUAUUUGGUCUUGUAUGGAGCAAUGUGUUGAUUUGUGGGCCAAUAUUGUUUUUUUGGUCCUUGCUUAGAGGUGACCUACAAUCAACACUCAACUUCCCAUACUUGCUCUACCCUGGAUUUCAGGUUGUGAUGGUUCUAUCAUGUGCUUUUACUUUCUUUAUAAACUACAUUGUGGUUUUAAAUACAACUGUCAACUCAGCACUUACACAGGCAAUCUGUGGUAAUUUAAAGGAUGUUUUUACUAGUGGGUUUGGAUGGAUAUUAUUUGGAGGACUUCCAUAUGAUUUGGUAAAACACAAAUCCCUUUGGGAACUUAAAAUCUGCAUUGGUGAUUACACUUAUUAUGUCUUGUGUUUUGUGUUUUGGUGCAUGCAGUUCAAUGUUGUUGGUCAAUCACUUGGCUUCUUUGGGUCCUGCUUGUAUGCCUAUUGUAAGCUCCAAGGAAAAUGAAGAUAAUAAAUUUCAUUUUGAGAUCAGACGCAGUAAACUGGAUUUCUCUUCAAGUUUCUAUUUUAAGAUAGUUUAAGAAAUGUAUUUUAGUUGCAAUGUGAAGGUAGUAUGGUGCAAUUUUAUACCACGCCCGUUCAGAUUUUGUUCUUACAGAUUAGUAUUCUGAAAACACAUCUCUAAUGAAAAUCUCAACCAAUCACGUGAUAUUGUGUUGAACAAUUCUACUGCUAGCUUCUUCCACGCAGGUGUUUUGAGUGAACAUUUUAGGAGUGGCUGUGAACUUUUUCUACAUAAAAUUAGCUUUGUUUUUGUUCUGAAUGCCUAAAUAUUCUACCAAAUUUUGUUUUAUUUACUCUUAAAUUGAUUUUAGAAUGCAAUGGAAAACUUUACUUUAGCGAACGCAUUAGAGAUCUCAAGAUGCAUCCACUACUGAGAUCCCUGCCGAUUGCCUCAUGCGGGCCCUCCAAAAUGGGAAAUUUCCCCCUCUAU